UUUUAAUCUUUAUAUCCCUUAGAAAGUUAAAUAUGUAUUUUACAGGCUCAGAAGUAAGCUUAAUAUAAGAACCUCCACUUCUACUAUCCUUUAUAUAGCUGAAUCACUUUAAUGAGAUUAUUCCCCACCAAGACGUCUGACCGACCGAAGCCCUGUAAUUUUGAGUUAUAAGCUAUUGAUACCCGCAUGUACAUGUAAUCUGCACGCUUAUCCUGUGGGCCCUUCUACCCAAGAGAGGGUUAAAGCUGGAGAAAUGCUGGAGACGACGUACCAAGCUCGGGGGUGUCCGCUUGUCCCAGCUUAUUCUCGUAUUUUUUGUGCCAAUAUUUAGUCUUGUAGUUUUGAUCGAUUCUGGAGGCUGUGUGGAUAGGAUCACGCACUUAAUUUUCCAUCUCAUUUUCGAAUCCAGGCGUAUUUUGUCCUGGUUCUUGCUUGUAACAAUGGCAGACUCGGCAGGAUCAUGGACUUUGGACGAAGAUGAAAAGUUAAGAAGAAGCGUAGCUGAGCAGGGUAUGUUCGUCAUUAAAUCAACUUUCAUUAUUGGACAAAGCCAAGCUCACGGUAAGAAUGUCUUUACUCUAACACGAAAUUCAUGCAGGCCUUUCGAGACAAAUAAACUGGUACCAAGUUGCUGCUACAAUCGCCAACCGGAGUAACAAAGAUUGCCGGAAACGCUGGGUGUACUCGCUGGCUCCGUCAAUUCAUAAAGGGCCAUGGGAUGCCGAAGAAGAUCGGCUUCUGCGAGAAGGUGUACAAAUUUACGGAACAAAGUUAGUAUUGAACAGCUAGUUAUUUAUUGAAAAGGGGCUUUUCUAGUGUCUUAGUUUUCUACUAGUGUGAUGUGCACAUCUAGAAACGGAAUUCAUUACUGACUGCUAUAACGCUGCAAAGAUGGGCUCAAGUUUCGCGUUUAAUAGUGACGAGAAAUCCCGACCGUUAGUCUUCCUUAUUAUUAAAGCAUCAAAUUUGAUUUGAACUGGAUCUAACCGCAAAUGCAGAGUCAUCACGACGCUGGCACGAAAAUUUAAAGCCAAAUAUCAACCGAGACCGCUGGUCACUCUUAGAGGUACGGCAAUCAUUAUAAAAAGCUGCCCCGUGAAUGUCUUUGCAGUUCAGUGAUACCACGAUACCAUAAUCGUCGAGAGUAUGGGAGUUGACUUCUUCCCAACAGGACGAGACGCUCAGACAAGCUGUGAGGGCCCAUGGUCGCAGAUGGAUUGAGAUUGUGGAGAGAUAUUUUCCCGAGCGGACACCAAUUGGAGCUCGAAACAGGUAAGCAUCUUGCGACUCUCAAUACCACUAUUUAAUGCUGAAGUUAGUGUUUGGCAGAUAUGAUCAACUUCGGAAACGCGUAAUAGAUCAACAGUGUGCGUAGGAGUAGUAUGCCGCUUAUAAUAGAAAUUGUCACAGAGUCAUAGUAACUCUGUGAAAUUCUCGACACUUUUCGUAAAUAAUGAAGUCAGUGUGAAGAAUUGAGCAGAUACCUACCUACAGACUCGAUUUGCAUGUAUGUCUGGGUGCUAGCUCGUAUCAAACUGUUGGAGCUUUGAUGGGAAACCAAAAGAUGGUAGAAAAGAUGGCGAACAGAGCCAAAACAACACGAAACAAGGUACACUAAAAUAUUCUAUA